AAGCUUUCUGUGCUGCGGCGAAGAAAUUCUUUAAAAGCAAGACACACUUUCGCUGUCUGACACUCUCUCUUCCGUGUACCCUUACUUUCUCCUUCUUUGAUCCUCUUAAUUACAUACUCCAUCCUAAUAGCGUCAUCUUUGUCAUCAUCACUCUACGAUGACUGAUAUCAAAGACCGUACACCUUCAUCUCAAUCCGAUCUGGUCGAGGACAAGCUCCUUGAACUGGAAGUGCAGCAGCUGAAGAUGAAACAGCAGGAGCUCGAGAGAAUAGACUCAACACACAACGACGGCAAUGGCAAAGACAAGGAAAUGAAGAAGAAGGAAAAGAAAGAAAAGAAGCCUUCACUGAAGCCUCACCAGCUGUUUCGAUACGCCUCUGCAUUUGACCUCCUUGCAGUCUUCUUUGCAUCCAUUGGCUCUGCCGCCAUUGGUGUGCUGCAGCCCGUUUCGAUUAUCAUCUUUGGUGACUUUCUUGCCGGCCUUGGCUCAUCCAUAACAGACCCUGCCCAGCUACUUGAUUCUACGAUUGAUAUGAUUCUCAUCUUCGUAUACAUUGGCACCGCUAUGCUUGUGGGAGGGUAUUUCACACACAUGCUUUGGGUCUUGUCAGGCGAAAAUCAGGCCAAACGGAUUCGCCAACUCUACGUCCACUCCAUUCUACGUCAAGACAUGGCUUGGUUUGAUAAAGCCGAGGAAGGCUCUUUGACGACGCGCUUGGCUACUGACACACAGAUGGUCCAAGAGGGUAUUUCUGAAAAGCUGGGCAUGGUCAUCCAGAUGACCGCCCAAGUCAUUGCCGGCUUUGUUAUUGCUUUCGUCAAAGGCUGGCAACUUGCCGUUAUCAUUCUCGCCACCGUCCCUAUCCUGGGCAUUGUCGGUGGUGCCAUGGGCUAUUACUACUCAAAAUUCACGCAGACCGCUCAGGACUCCUAUGCACAAGCUGGAUCGAUCGCCGAACAAGCCUUUGCUGGUAUCCGUACUGUGUAUGCAUUUUCCUUACAAGGCCGUUUCUCCGAGAGGUAUGAUAAAGAGCUCGACAAGGCCGAAGCCACAGGCUCUAGACGCGGUGUCGUUAUGGGCAUCCAGAUAGGUGUCUUCAUGUUCGUUCUGUUCUGCACAUAUGCAUUAUCGUUCUGGUACGGCGGCAAGCUCGUUGACGAGGGCACGCUCACUGGCGACAUUGUCUUGAUUGCAUUCUUUGCCAUGCUCAUGGGUACAAUGUCACUGCUGUCUCUGCCCAUGAAUCUGGCUGCUGUAGCUAGUGCCUGCGGUGCUGGCUACCGUAUUUUCGCUAUAAUCGACAGGGUCCCCGACAUUGAUCCAGAUGCGUUAGGAGGUAUCAAAGACGGCAAACUAUCUGGCCAUAUUGAGUUCCGUAACGUCGAUUUCAGCUAUCCAACAAGACCAGAUAUUCAGGUGCUCAAGGGAUUUUCUGCAGAGGUGAGACCCGGUCAAAGUAUCGCACUCGUGGGUUCUUCAGGCUCUGGCAAAUCGACCACAGUACAACUACUACAGCGCUUUUAUGAUGCCAUGGACGGUGAGGUCCUAGUCGAUGGCCGAAACAUAAAGGACUACAACGUACAGUGGCUGCGCAGCCAAAUUGGUGUGGUGUCACAAGAGCCCGUGCUAUUCAACAUGAGCCUGCGAAAAAAUCUGCUGAUGGGUGCAAUGCGCGAAGUAACGGACACAGAGAUUAUCGAAGCAUGUAAAAAGGCAAAUUGCCACUCGUUUAUCACCCAAUUACCAAAAGGCUAUGAUACAAUGGUCGGGCAGCAGGGUAGCAUGCUUUCCGGUGGACAGAAACAACGCGUUGCCAUUGCUCGAGCGAUUCUCAAGAAUCCCUCCAUCUUGCUACUUGAUGAGGCUACGUCUGCCUUAGAUACAAAAUCUGAGCGAAUAGUACAGAGCGCUCUCGACGUUGCUUCCCAAAACCGCACGACACUUAUGAUUGCCCAUCGGUUAUCUACCAUUCGAAACGCAGACUUGAUCAUCGUCAUGAAGCAAGGCGAAGUAGUGGAGAAAGGCAACCACUACGACUUGAUUGCACAAGACGGUGCGUAUGCCGAAUUGGUACGCAAGCAGUUGAUUGCCAUGGAAGAGGAACAAGACGGAAAGUCGGAUGACAGCCACAACGACGAUGAUGCGACACCUGUUGACGACGGCAGCGUGGUUGACGAAAAAGAGGAAAUUGUUAUCAGCAUGGCCAAGCGACACAGCAUUGCAUCCUCCAUAGAAAAUGUGGGUGUCGAACGCCGAAGAGAGAUCGAACAAGAGCAGAAAUGGAAGACGAGCAAGACACCAUUCUACAAGGUGUUCAAGGAUAUGCGACCUGAAUGGCCUCUCGUCGUUCUCGGUGUCAUUGGUGGCGCGUUGGUUGGAACGGGCUUCCCCAUCAGUGGUUUAUUGAUUGCCCUGUGUAUUACGAUCAUGAUCGAUCCUACCGUCGAGAGCAUCCGCCCAGGUCCCCUGGCGGGAUCCAACCUGUACGCUUUUCUGUUUGUGAUUGUUGCCCUUGUGGUGAUGAUUGGUAUGACCCUGCAAGUUGGAGCUUUUGAAGUUGCUGGCGAGCGGUACACAAGGAGACUUCGGUCGCGCUUAUUUAAGGCAUUCAUGAAACAAGAAGUCGCAUUUUACGACGAAGAAACAAACAACACUGGUGCACUCACGUCGAUGCUCGCUCUUGACGCGAAAAAUGUCAACGAGAUUAUCUCCAAGAUUGUUGGUGAGAUCUCAAGUAUCAUUUCCACAGGCGUUACUGGUUUCGUUAUCGCAUUUGUCUACAGCUGGACACUAAGUCUGAUUGUUCUUGCUUGCGUACCUUUCCUUAUUUUUGGCUCUGCGUACGAAGCCAAAGUCGAAAUGAACUUUGAAGAUGACACAAAAAAAGCGAAUAUACAAUCCGGUGAGGUCGCCAGCGAAGCUAUCAACACAAUCCGUACAGUCGCAUCAUUGACAAAGCAGAGUUACUUUGAGGAAAAGUACGACAAAGCAGGCUUACGUCCCCACAAACUGGCACAACGCAAGGCAUAUUUUGGAUCCAUCGGCUAUGCAAUUAGUCAAGGCAUGAUGAUGUACAUGUAUGCAGUUUGCUUCUAUGCAGGUGUGCGAUUGAUUGGUAUCAACAUGAUAAAUAUUGAGGACAUGAUGGUUACCUUGAUGGCCAUGAUGAUCACAGCUUUUGGUCUCGGCCGAAGUUCUGCUCUUGUCUCGGGUAUCGCCAAGGCCAAAUACGCUGCUCUCUCUGCAUUUGAAACCCUGGAGCGCCAACCAUUGAUUGACCCGGAACUUGAAGGCAUCGAGCCCGUAUCAGUACAAGGCCAAGUAGAAUGUGAGAAGGUCUCUUUCCGAUACCCAGCACGACCCGAUGUUCCAAUUUUCACCGGUGAUUUUGAUUUCACCGGUAUGGCUGGCAAGACCAUUGCCUUGGUAGGUGCAUCCGGAUGUGGCAAGUCUACGACUAUUGCUCUCUUGGAACGAUGGUACGACACACUCGGCGGAACCGUACGACUGGACGAGCAGAAUGUGCAGAACUACUCGCUUGACAACCUAAGAAGUCACAUGUCGCUUGUGGGCCAAGAACCCGUUCUAUUCAACAUGUCUGUCGAAGAUAAUAUUCGGUAUGGUGCUCCGGAGAAUAUCAAGGUCACGGAAAACGACAUCAUCAAAGCCGCCACUGCUGCCAAUAUCCAUCGCUUUGUCGAAGGUCUUCCCCAAAAAUAUAAUACCCCCGUUGGCGACAAGGGCUCACAACUUUCUGGCGGUCAAAAGCAACGUAUUGCUAUUGCACGUGCCCUGCUGCGAAACCCACGUGUUUUGCUUCUGGAUGAGGCGACUUCUGCGCUUGACUCUGAGUCAGAAAAGCUAGUCCAAGCUGCUAUCGACAACGUAAUCCAAGAAGGUGGACGAACAACCAUUACAAUCGCUCACCGUCUUUCCACGAUCCAGAAUGCUGAUGUUAUCUGCGUAAUUGAAAGGGGGCGCAUUGUUGAGCAAGGCACUCAUUGGGAGUUGCUUCGACUUGACGGUCAAUACAGUACUCUUGUUCGCGAGCAAUCUUUAAGUGCCACGCAGUAAUGCGAACAUCGACACGAGUAUUUCAACCACGCUAUAAUAUCUAGUACUGCACAACUUCCACCUUAUUGUUAUUCUGUUGUAUUCCAAAUUUAUAAUGUAUACAAAGCAUCUAAAGCAUUAUUAAUAAAGCAUACAUCCAUUAUGUUAAGAGCUUAUAAACCUUGGCUUUCCAGCACGAUUAUGCAUAUUGUUUCCUGACAGGUCGCAUACUUAUACAAAUCGACAUCGCAGUGAUAGAAUAUGAUGCACUGCAAGAUAUAAAUGCAUCUAAAAACUAUAAAGUUUGCUCCGUGUAACCUCAGUUCUUAAUAUAGCCCUGAAAAACUUCACUUACCGUCGAUCUUUCUUGGUU